GAUCCCCCCCAGCUCCCGGGCCAAAGGCAGGAGCAUGCCGAAUCUGCGGCUCUUUCUGCUCUGGGUUGUGACUCUGGCUGACACGCAGUGCCAAGUUGUCCAGACCCGGUUCAGCGAGGAGCCGGAGGAUCAGACCGUGGUGGCCGGGCAGAGGCUCGUCCUGUCCUGCGUGGUGCUGAACUACUCCGGGAUCGUGCAAUGGACCAAAGACGGUCUGGCGCUGGGCAUGGGGCAGGGGCUGAAAGCCUGGCCGCGCUACCGGAUCAUCGGCACGGCAGACUCCGGACAAUACAACCUGGAGAUCACCGACGCCGAGCUCUCGGAUGACGCCUUGUAUGAGUGCCAGGCCACAGAGGCAGCGCUGCGCUCCCGGCGGGCCAAGCUCACCGUCCUGAUUCCCCCUGAAGACCCGGUGAUCGACGGGGCCCCCGAGAUCCUGCUGCGGGCAGGCACCCCAUACAACCUGACAUGCCGGGCUCACAGCGCCAAGCCCGCCGCCACCAUCGUCUGGUUCCGGGAUGGGCUGCAGCAGGAAGACGCCAGCACCAGCACGGAAGUGUUAGCAGACGGCAAGAGGGAAACCACGGUCAGCCAGCUCCUCAUCAACCCCACAGACGCAGACAUCGGGCGGGUCUUCGUCUGCCGGAGCACCAACGACGCCGUCCCGGCUGGCAAGGAGACCUCCAUCAAGCUGAACGUGCACCAUCCCCCCACGGUCACCCUCUCCAUCCAGCCCCAGACGGUGCAGGAAGGUGAGCGGGUCGUCUUCACCUGCGUGGCCACUGCCAACCCGGAGAUCAGAGGCUACAGGUGGGCCAAAGGUGGCGUGAUCAUUGAAGAAGCCAAGGACAGCAAGUACGAGACGCAGGUGGAUUAUUCCUUUUUCACGGAGCCCGUCUCGUGCGAGGUGCACAAUGACGUGGGAAGCACCAACGUCAGCACCCUGGUGGACGUGCACUUCGCCCCUCGGAUUGUGGUGGAUCCCAAGCCCACAACCACCGACAUCGGCUCAGACGUGACGCUGACCUGCGUGUGGGCCGGCAACCCCCCGCUGACCCUCACCUGGACCAAAAAGGAAUCCAACAUGGUGCUCAGCAACAGCAACCAGCUCUACCUGAAAUCGGUGACCCAGGCCGACGCCGGGCAGUAUAUCUGCAAAGCCAUCGUGCCCAGGAUCGGCGUGGGCGAGCGGGAGGUCGCCCUCUUUGUCAACGGCCCCCCGAUCAUCUCGAGCGAGGCUGUUCAGUACGCAGUGCGCGGCGACCGUGGGAAAGUGGAGUGUUUCAUCGGAAGCACGCCACCCCCCGACCGCAUUGCCUGGGCCUGGAAGGAGAACAUCCUGGAAGCUGGCACGCUGGAGCGCUACACGGUGGAGAGAACCAACACGGGUAGCGGGGUCCUCUCCACCCUGACCAUCAACAACGUGAUGGAGGCCGAUUUCCAGACCCGCUACAACUGCACGGCCUGGAACACCUUUGGGCCGGGGACGGCCAUCAUCCAGCUAGAGGAGAAAGAAGUCCUGCCUGUGGGCAUCAUUGCCGGAGCCACCAUCGGGGCCAGCAUCCUCCUCAUCUUCUUCCUCGUCGCCCUGGUCUGCUUCCUCUACCGGCGCCGCAAAGGAAGCCGCAAGGACGUGACCCUGCGCAAGCUGGACAUCAAGGUGGAGACGGUGAACCGGGAGCCCCUGACGCUGCAUGCGGACCGCGAGGAGGACACGGCCAGCGUCUCCACAGCAACUCGCGUCAUGAAGGCCAUCUACUCGUCGUUCAAGGAUGACGUGGACCUGAAGCAGGAUAUGCGGUGCGACACCAUCGACACGCGGGAGGAGUACGAACUCAAGGACCCAACCAAUGGCUACUACAACGUUCGUGCCCACGAGGACCGCCCGCCCUCCCGCACCGUGCUCUACGCUGACUACCGCACCCCGGGCCCCGCCCGCUACGACAUGCGCCCCUCCUCCCGCCUCUCCCACUCCAGCGGCUAUGCCCAGCUGAACACCUAUAGCCGGGGCCCCGCGUCGGACUACACCACCGAGCCAGCCCCGGGGCCCCCGCCGGGCACUGCCACGGGCGAGACGGCCAGCCAGCUCUCCUACGAGAACUACGGUGGCCACGCCGCCUUCCCGCCCAGCGCCGGCUAUGCCACCUACCGCCUGGGCUACAGCCAGCCCCCCCCGCCCAGCCUGGACCGUGCCCCCUACGACGCCUACGACCCCAUGGGCAAGUACGCCAGCGCCACCCGCUUUUCCUACACCUCCCAGCACUCGGACUAUGGGCAACGGUUCCAGCAGCGGAUGCAGACUCACGUCUGAAGGACCUGGGGGCUGUGGGGGGACGAUCCUCACCGGAGACAUAAGGGGGGUUCACAGGUACUUUGUGACUGUCCUCUGAUAUUCAGGGGCUUUUCCUGAACCCCCCACGCCCAUCCCUCCAGCAGCAGAAUUCUCAGCCUGCCCAGCGACUGCACCCCUAACCGCCUGGAUUCAGGGGAUCCUGGCAUCCGGCUGACUCUGGGGACUCUCUUCCCCUAUAUCUGAGCUUCCAUCCAGCCACCCAUUGUGUUGUCUUCGUUCGUUCUUUUCAGCCCAUGUCUCGAGGGGCCAGCGCCCUCCCCAACUGGAAGGAAAACCAAUUUUUGAGGGGCUGGGGAGCCUCACCCCUACCCCUGCCCUGCUCACGUGUGGCUGGAGGCCGGAGAAAGCGUGCUGGUAGCUGCAGGGGGGGAGAUUCCCUCCCGCGGCCUGGAUCUGGAAACUUGCCCCCGGCCACGCUAGGGAUACCCGAUUUCUUUGCCACGCAUCGGAUCUUUGAGGGGAGACGGGCCAAGAGCUGAACUCCGCCAGGGUGAAAGGUUGUGACAACAAGGUGGGGGAGGGUUGUGGGGC